CGAUCUCAGUUACCCAUAAACCACGGUGGGGUGUAGACGUGUGUUUCUAUCGCUCCGUGACAUACUCGUCCCGUCUCUUGUCGCUCUCUAUUUCUCUCUCCCUCUCUCUCUCUAUCUCUUUCUCUCUUUCUCUCUCUCUCUCUCUCGCGUGUCUGAAAUUUGGAUUCGAAGUGAAAUGAGAUUAAUUAGUGAAUAAGCUCAACAUAAAAAAAAGAAAAGAAACGAUUAAAUUGAAUUAGUGAAGUGGAAUUAACUGAAAAAAAAUAAUAAUAAGAAAAAUAAUAAACAAGAUAAUACAAGAAAACAAAACAGAGAAAGAAAGAAAGAAAGAAAAAAAAAUAAACAUCAAAUUCUUAAUCCAUAAUUGACUAUCUGUUUGUUUUUGUGUGUAGUACUGUGUGCGUGCGCGUGUGUGCGUUUGUGAGUGCGUGCGUGCGUGCUGAAGUGUGUUUACAAUGGAGGUCCUUUACUUCUGCUGAUAGGACGAGGUCAACAUGGGUGGCCCCCGGAGCAGGAGGUCAGGUCAUCUCCACGGGACCUCAACUGACCUCCCCCUUGACCCAGCUGGUGGUGCUGCUAUUGGUGUUACUGGUGGUGAUGGUGGUGCCCUUCGCCUUCCCCCUAUCACGCUUCCCACGGCCCCAGGAGAGGUCAUUGGGAGCUCAUGGGAGGAGGUCACAUCUGAAGGUGGAAUGGUGCCAGACCUUCGUCAGGAAGGUCACGUGACGAGGGACAGUAGUGUUACGCCCUUUGGCAACGAGAUCAUGUCAGUGUACAGGUUGACCCCACCCACUACUUCUGAGGUCACGACGUGGCCCCCCGCAGGAGUGAGGGGGCCGGAAGAGUCCUCGUCGCCCUCCAGGUCUCUUAAUUACGCCCUACAGGAGAAGAGAGACACAGGGAACCAAGAGAACCACGCCCACGAGGACCCCGACGAGGACCUACUCGUAUCCUCCUCGUCCUCUUCACCUGCUGCCUCUCUGCACGCCGCCCCUGCGUCCCCUGCGUCCCCUCACUACCUCACCACCUCCUUAGACCCACUCAGGGGCCAGCCCGCCACGCACCUCCCGCCCUCCACCCCGCAGUUGGAGGAGACACCACGGACCCUCACUCCUGAAGGCGAGAGUGAAAGAGGCGUCACCACAGCCACCACUACCACCACUACUACCACAGCGAGCGGCCAAGAGCUGUCACCAAACGUUAGGACCACCACCACCACCGCCACCACCACCACCACCACCAGUAAAGGCAGACGCCCGACGAGAGAGCCGAGAAGGAAAGCGGCUCGUACUCAGAGGUCCGCCCCGUCCAGCAAGCGCCUUCAGCAGCCCUCCCCCGCCCCCCGUGUCUCCGUGUGCGCUAACAACCCCUGUGGCAUGGAGCCCUCGUGCCACGCCAAGAGCAGCGUCCCUCGGGGUUUCGUGUGCUACUGUGACGAUAAGUCGUUGGUGGAGCCCGGGGCGUCCUGCUCCUCCCGCGGUGCAGAGCUGCCGAUACACCCACCCCCCAUAUCAGUCAACAGUCCAAAAGAGUUCCGGCCCCUGUACUCCAUGUGGCUGGUGGGCGUGGCCUCAUUGCUGGUGGUGAUGAUGAUAAUGCUGGUGUUUUGGAGAAGAAAGAGCUUAUGUGCGUGGAUUAGACACCGACAUAGGGAGAAGAAGCCAGGACAGGUGAGAGACGGACAGCAACCGAGUGACUCCAUACCCAAGCACAACUCCCUCGUGGCUUACAACUUCAUUAGCAACCCCAACUAUUACACCCAAGGCCCAGACACUCUGCCCGUCCACACCCUGCCCGUGCACCUCAUCCACCCCGAGCAGAUCUCCUUCGUCGGGGAGCUGGGAGAAGGGUGUUUCGGCAAGGUGUACAAAGGCACAUACAGUUCAUGCUGCCCUGAGGCUUUAACCGAGGGAGAAGUAGACCCAGAAGGAGGAGGAGGAGGAGGAGGAGGAGGAGGAGGAGGAAGCCAGCAAGGGACAGGAGAGGAAGAAGAGGAAGGAGGGAGACAAACAGUGGCAGUGAAGGUGAUAAAAGAGAGUGUAAGCGCAAGAGGAGAGGAAGAUUUUAUGAGAGAAGUGGAGAUUAUGUCAGCUUUCUCUCACCCUAACAUCCUCACCCUUAUUGGCAUUGUGGCUAAAGGCAGCGGAGGAACCCCCUGGAUGGUAUUUGAAUAUAUGCCUUAUGGAGACUUGGCAGAGUUACUAAGGUCGUGUGGUCCAAACUUCUACUCUAAUCACACCCCUGUAACUUCCCUCUCCAAGAAUGACCUGCUCCACAUUAGCGUGCAAAUCGCCUCUGGAAUGGAAUACCUCUCCUCCCAGCACUUCGUCCACCGUGAUCUGGCGUGUAGGAACUGCCUGGUGGGGGAGGACCUCACUGUUAAGAUAUCAGACUUCGGGAUGUCCAGGGAUGUCUAUACCUGUGAUUACUAUAAGGUUGGAGGUUCACGCAUGCUGCCCGUGAGGUGGAUGGCCCCGGAGAGCAUCAUGUAUGGCAAGUUUACGCUGGAGAGUGACGUUUGGUCCUUCGGUGUGGUGCUGUGGGAGAUAUACUCGUUCGGGAAGCAGCCUUACUACGGAAACUCCAAUGAAAAUGUGAUGAAACUCAUCUUCCAGGGGAUCCUUCUUAGCCCCCCGGACACCUGCCCCCCCAAGGUGCGUGACAUCAUGCGCAGGUGCUGGGCGACCGACCCCAUGGAUCGUCUUAAAUUCCCCGAGAUUUUGGCCCACCUGAAGGGGAUCCGGGGGGAGGGGAAGUGCCUCUCCCGACAGGACACCUCCCCCCGUGCCCCUGUGACCCCCAGCGGCGCCCCCGUCACGUACAGUCAGCUGUGUCUGCAGGAGGAGGCGGGAGGUCACUUAGAUCAGGACCUGUACUUGGUGCCACGCCGAGUAGAGCCAAGGGAAUACAUGACAGUGCUCAAUGUGUGACCUCUUGGGUGACCUGGUGUGACCUGGGGUGACCUGGGGUGUUUUAGGGUGUUUUUUGGGUGUUUUGAUAUUAUUUCUGUGUAUUUUGUGGUUGUUUUUUUGUGUGAACUCUUGUGUUCUGGGUGACCUGGUGUGUUCUGGAGUGACCUAGUAUGACCUGCUGUGAUCUCGUGUUCUGAUGCGUUCUAGUUUGACCUGGCGUGACCUACCUUGACCUGACGUGACUCAGUGUGGCUCCUAGUGCAGUGCAGUGUGACCUCGUGUUGACCUCACGCCCAGCCGACCCCCUCCCACGUGACGGUACUUGACCUAACGUGACCUAGCUUGAUGUUCGUAUGAUCUUAGUAAACGCUCUCUCUCUCUCUCUCUCUCUCUCUCUCUCUCUCUCUCUCUCUCUCUCUCUCUCUCUCUCUCUCUCUCUCUCUCUCUCUCUCUCUCUCUCUCUCUCUCUCUCUCGACCUGUGACAUUCCCUUACCACCCUCCCUCCCCAUAUCAUUUUCCCCCUCCCCCCUUUCCCUCCCCUUCCCCUCCCCUUCCUCUCCCACUUCCUUCCCCAGCAUCAUUCUGACAGGCGGGGAGGAAAAAUGCUGAUAAUAUUGUUUCGCAAGCGGAGAGAGAGAGAGAGAGAGAGAGAGAGAGAGAGAGAGAGAGAGAGAGAGAGAGAGAGAGAGAGAGAGAGAGAGAGAGAGAGAGAGAGAGCAGAAUUGGAAGAAGAGGGGAAAGAAAGGAAAAAAUGUAAGAUAAUAGAUAUAAUUUUCGGUGUUUCCUCUUCCUUUUUUCCUUUUUUUUUUAUUGUUGUUCCUCAUUUCAUCUUCUUCUUUUUCUUCUUCUUCUUUUUCUUGUUCCUCCUCCUCCCUCUCCUUGAUCUUGUUCUUCAUUUUUCUUCUCCUUCAUAUCCUCUUUCUCCUCCUUCUCUUUCUCAUGUGUGUGUGUGUGUGUGUGUGUGUGUGUUUGGUUCUUGAGUGAAAAGUUACGUUGCUUUUCUGUAUUACUUGAUUUUUUUUCUUUUUAUUUUAAUCAUAUUUUCUUCUGUUUUUUUCUUUUUUCUUUCCUUUUAUUGAAGUUUGUUUUUCUUCCGAUAUUUUUUUUUAUUUACUUCACAUGGUAUUCAAAAUUUCCUCAUUUCUUUCCUCUUAUUGAAUUGUCUAUGCGUCUGACAUUCCAUUAAAUCUCUCUCUCUCUCUCUCUCUCUCUCUCUCUCUCUCUCUCUCUCUCUCUCUCUCUCUCUCUCUCUCUCUCUCUCUCUCUCUGGAACCUUUUCUUUAAAUAUUUAGUUCUGUUAUCUAUUAUUUUCUUUGUAUUAUUUCUUUUAAUUAUCUUAUUCGUCACUUACACUUUAAAUUUUCUUCACAUUUCUAUUCUAUUUUCUUUUAUCACUAUUUUCCAUAACCAUUUUAUUCUGUGUGAGCAUUAUUCUUCUUUAUUACCCUCUAUUCCCCUUAUUUAUUCAUUACAUUAAAUAUUUUCCCUUUCCGUUCAACUUCUAUUUUCAUUACACCCUCUUCUUGUCAGUACCCUUUCCCCCUCCCCCAAUGAACACACCUGGCACCUUGGAGACACACCUGGGCGGGUCACUUGGGCCUGAUUAAUUAACCUGAGGGUGAUUCAAUCUGUGGACAAUACCUGUUUACCGUAGAGGCUUAUUAAGAGUACCAUUAAUUAAUAUGAAACAUACUCAUAAUCUUGUUAAUGGUAAUACUUAUGGCAAUACAGGGAAUUUCUUUUAUAUUUGUACUUAUUUUGUGUUGUUUUGAGUUGGUUAGUAAUGUAUUAGUGUGUGUUAUUAUUGUUGUUGUUGUUGUUGUUAGUAUUAGUAGAAGGAGUGGUAAUUCAUUUGUUUUAGUUUUGUUUGGUUUAAAGUCAAAGGCAAUGAUAAUAAUGAUGAUGAUAAUAAUAAUAAUGAUAAUGAUAAUAGAUGAUAAUAAUAAGAAUAAUAUUGAUAGUAAUAAUGUAGAUGUUGAUACAAUAACAACUACUACUACUACUACUACUACCACAAGUAAUAAUAAUGAUAAUAAUAAUAAUAAUAAUGAUAAUAAUAAUAAUAAUAAUUUGUGAGAUUUGACAUACAUUUUCUAUGAAGAUACUUAAAUGAACUACUAAUGGCAUUAUUAUUAUUAUUAUUAUUAUUAUUAUUAUUAUUAUUAUUAUUAUUAUUAUUAUUAUUAUUAUUAUUGUCAUCAUCAAUCAGUACAAAAUAUCAAUAAUGGGAACACAAAUAUUAUAAUACGAGAGAGUAAUGUUAAUUUUCCAACCUGUAGUAUUUAAUUAUUUAUAGCAAGCAAAGAAAACGGAGUGUUUGGAGGGGAGACUCUCCUAAUAGUCACUAAUGGUGCUGUUUGUAUCUGUUUAUUCACCAUGUCUUUUUAAUGUCUCAAAAAGUAUUCUUAGGAGAAGAUUUGCUCGUAAAGUUAGUCCAUUUAAGUUUUGUCUAUUUAUAAAUUAGAAUUUUUAGCAGUUUAUUUGAGUUUCCCCUCUGUUUGUGCUUUUUUUUUAUUUUUUUUAUUUAGUUUAGUUUACCCACUGUUUCUUAAUUUUAGUCACCCCCGUUUUUUUUUAAUCUGUUAAUUUUUUUUUAGUUUAUCAGUUUCAUAUUUGACUUUCCUCAUUUGUUUUCUUUUUCAUUUUUUUUUUUUUUUAGUUAAGUUCGUCGUUAAAACUUAGCUUGUCACAUUUUCUUUAAGUUAUAUAUAUUUUUUCUUUAUCUUAUUUUUAGCGUGCCUUAUUUCCUACAGUCUACCUUUUAUUCCAACCAGGUCCUUCAUUUUAUCCCAUUUUCUACAACUUUACCUUCUUUUUCUUAAUAUCCACCCUCUUUAUUCUUAAAGUGGCCAAUAUUUUCUUAAGUCAUCCCCUUUUUCUUAGCGUUUCCCAUUUUCUGUAGCCUUUAUAUAGUAGUAAUAAGAGAAUCAUAGUUAAUUUUAUGGUUUCUUAAUUUUCUACAAUAUAAUCUUGUAAAUAAAAGAAAUAAGGGAGGCCAGACUUAAUUAUUAUUAUUAUUAUUAUUAUUAUUAUUAUUAUUAUUGGUAUUAGUGUUUCUAUUUAGCUUACUCUCUGACUGGUUCCCGUUUCACGUUUUCUAUGCCUGUAUAGUAGCUGUAAGUUGAGUUUACCUUUUUUAUUAUUAUUAUUAUUAUUAUUAUUUUUAGUUUAGUCUUAUAAGUGCUCCUCGUUUCCCGUUUUCUUUGCCCUGUACAGUAGCAGUAGUAGAGACAAGCACUGAAUUUAUCUUUCUUUUAAGGGUUCUUUUAUAGUUUACUCUCUUAGUGUCCCCCCUUCCCCCAUUUCCCGUUUUCUUUAGCUUGAUUCUUUUUCCAGUUUACCCUUAAAGCCUCCCGUUCCCGUUUUCUAUGGCCAGUACAGAGUUUACCUUACUUUAUAUAAUUUUUUUUUUCAGUUUACCCUUAGUGCCCCCCUUUUUCCCGUUUUCUGUGGCCUGUACAGUAGUUGUAAGUGAGGGUUGCCUAAUGUUAUUGUUCUGUUCACUGUCUACUUGAGUGUUAGGGUUGACCUGAGGGAGCCGGACGCUCUUGAUUGGUUCAAAGUAGCAAAAGGGGCGUGGCUAGGAUGUUUCUCGCAUCUCAUUGGCCAGUUGACAGUAAGGGGACGUGGCUAGGCUGAUUCCUCGUCUCUGAUUGGCCAGUUGACAGUAAAGGGAUGUGGCUAGACUGUUUCCUUGCCCCUGAUUGGGCUGAAAAUAGCAAUGGGGCUUGGCUAUGGUGUCCACUCCUCUCUGAUUGGCCAGUAGAUGUAAAAGAGGCGUGACUAUGUUGUUAAAUCGCUCUUCAUUGGCCAGUAAUACUUAAAGGGGCGUGGCUUGACGGCUCCCACCAAUCGUAUGCUUAGAAUUGUUUGUAUGAGAAAACUAACCACAUUUUUGUAUUUUUGUGAGUGUACAGAAGGGGGGUAGUGACGGGAGGGGGUAGCUGUCAUACUAACAAACAUGCUUCUGUCGUAAAGCAUUGUAUUCUCCCUGUAUACCCUGUCAGGGCCUGUAUGAAGACCUGUAAUGAUCAGUAUUAAUACAUUAUACACUAAUACAGUAAAGGAAGGAAGUUGUAA